GCUUUUAUUUUGUAACGCCCACCGUUGCGUCGCCCGAGAGUGACGCAGUGAGCGCGCGCCUGGACCGAGGGUCACAGCAGACGGCGGUGUGCACGCGCACCGAGAGGCAGACGCACGCGGAGAGACCUUCACCAUCAUCACCAUCACCUGUCCGCUCAGCCGGUGAUCAUCACCAGGACCUGCAGCUCAGCAUGGCGUUGUGUGGUGGAUGCAGGUUUCUGGUUCUGGCCGUGCGGAGCAUGCAUGUUUCGGCCCGGUCCACUCCAGCGCUCGCCCAGGCGGUCAGAGUGUUCUCCUCUUCGUCUCGGGUUUGCUCUCUGGACUCGUUCUCCAUGGGUCAGAUGAAGGUUCCGGCAGGCGGGGUGAAGACCGAGAGGACCUGUCCAUCAGUGGGCAGCGCUCAGAGGAACCUGUCGGCAGUGGCCGUGUCCCUGCAGGGUCAGCGCCGACCCCUCUGCAGGUACGACCUGCUGGACCUGGGAGAGGUGGAGGAAAACACACGCAAAGCGCUCGCCUGUAAACACCUGAGGAGGUUCAUCAUAGACCCCAGCCUGGCCAAACUAGUGGCCGAGCACCUGUCACAGGACAUAGAGGACGGCAAAGCGGUCAUCUUCGAGUGUAAUCCAGGUCCUGGAGUGCUGACCCGCACGCUGCUGAACUGCGGCGCUCAGAGAGUGGUGGCGCUAGAGAGCGAUAAAGCCUUCCUACCUGACCUGCAGGCUCUGGAGAACAAUCUGGACGGCCAGCUGGAGGUGGUCCACUGUGACUUCUUUAAGCUGGACCCCAUCGGCCACGGCAGCAUGAAGCCCCCAGCCAUGUACUCGGAGAAACUCUUCACGGAUCUCGGCAUCUCCGAGGUGCCCUGGACAGCAGAUGUUCCGGUGAAGGUGGUGGGGAUUUUCUCCCAGAGGAACGAGAGGAACAUGCUGUGGAAGCUCGUCUACGCUCUGUUCGAACGCCUGUCCAUCUUCCGCUACGGACGCGUGGAGCUGAUCAUGUUCAUCAGCGAGAAAAACUACUCGAAGCUGGUGGCCCAGCCUGGGAACAAUAAAAGCUACCAGGCCGUGAGCGCGCUCUUCCAGAUGUCCUGCAACAUCGAGCUGCUGCACCAGGAGCCGUGGUCCUCCUUCGUUACCACAUCGAGGAACGGUGGGCUGAGCAUUCCCAAAAGCACCGUGGUGCCGAAUGAUCACCUGUGCCUGGUGCGGAUCACUCCCCGAGCCGAUUUGUUCACUCCGACCGUCACUCCGUUCAACAGCAGCACGCUGGUCGUGAUGGUCAAACAGUGCCUGGCUAAAAGGAGAGGAAAACUCAUUGAUAAGCUCAACUCGUGGAGUCCAGGCAUCGGUCAGGACCUGCUGGCUCAGAUUGGGCUGAGCGAGGACGUCCUGACCGGUCAGGUUUAUCCUGAUCAGUACAAGCAUCUGUUCGAGCUGAUGGAGAAAUCGGAGCAGUUCACUCAGAGCUGGCUUUAUUCCGAAGUUCUGGAGAACACCAAGAACACCGGCUGCGGAUCAUAGCACGCAUGGGUGCGCCCACCGUUCUCAUGGAAACCGUGGAGAAGGAGCCAGGGAGACUCUGAGGCAUGCGAGAUGCUCAUUAUCACGUCUGCGGUAUUCGCCAGUUAGACCCUCUGAUUGGCUGGAGGAACGUUAGGGUGAUAUUUAUCCAAAGAGCGUUAGCACCUGUGCUAGCGUAGCGUGUGCUCGGUUCAGCGUCCAGAACGUGUUUAAAUAUUUAAUAACAGAAACCUUUAGGGCUGAUAAGCGCACGUUUCCAUACGGAGGUUAUAACGCUACAUAGCGCAGUUAAGGGACAGCUUUCAAUGUUAAUAAACACAUGCUGGGGAAUCCGUGCGUCUACAGGCACUCAAUCAUCCGAUCGCUGCAGAAAAUCCGAUUUGGUCGGGAAUCCAAUCGACACGUUUACAUGCGCUUGAUUAUCCAGGUAAUGGGGAACCUCCAGGUCUACGUGAGUCAGACAGUAAUCAGACGCGUGAGCCGAUAAACUCACAGAAUCAGACGCGGCGUAAACGUAACGUAAGACUCAGACUUCACACUGCGGCUAAUCUAAAACCUGAAAACGUGAACAAACGUCAUGCGGGAGAUGAAGAACAUUUAAACCCUUUAUUCAGUGUUUCGCCGUCUGAUUUCGCAGACUGAUAAAUCAGAUAGUAAGCGGAGGGAGAGUUCACCUGCACUGGGAAAUCUGAUCACUGAGCUGACCCCAGCGUCUUUACCACAUUUCUAGAUCGGAGUUUGGUGAUUACAUGACCGUUAGAAUAAUCGGAUAACUGCAGAAACCUGAUUAUGAUUGGAUUAUUGAGUGCAUGGAAGCGCACUCAGUUUCGUGGCACAGUUAAAGGAAUGUUCCGGCAUUUUUCAGCCUAAUGUCUGUUUCCCGUAUCCGUCCACAGGCUCAGCUACUGCAGACAGUAAUUUCCCUGAACCUGGAAACGAACAGAACCCAGUUGGUCAGAAUUCACUUACAAUAGAAGCCGAUGGGCUGAAUGGAUCAUUUCAAAUGAUGAUGUUCACAGCAUAUAAGUAAGAUUUGCGAGUGUGGGGAACCUUCUUAAGGUUUAGAGAACCUUCCCAUAUACUCAUAGCAUAAAAGAUUCCAUAUAGUACCAUAAAAAGGCUCCAUGAACACUUUUCGGUGCUCUAUAGAACCGUUUUGUAAGGCUCCUUUAAAACUCAUAAAGAUGGUUCUUACUAAAGACAUUGGUUCUAUACAGAUCCAGCGUUUGCAUGCUUAAGUCGUUCUCUGCAUGGUGAAACGGUUCUUCAGAUUGAUGGAAAAUACUGUAUGUUGUAUAUGGUUCUAUACAGCACCACAAAGGGUUCUGCUGUCAUUACGCUGUCAAGCUUGUGUCAGUAGAAAACCCCUUUUUGGUGCUGUAUGAAACAAUUUCAUCGUUCAGAGAACCAUUAAGCAGGCAGAUGGUUCUUUGAGUUCUUAUGGUUCUACAUGGAGCCGUUGUCUUUACUAAAGAACCCCUGAAGAAACACCUUUUCAAGAGUGUAUACAGCAGAUUUUCCAUCAUAGAGAAGAACCAUCUCACCAUGCAGAGAACCAUUUAGUUCAAAUGGUUCUAUGCAUGGUUAUUGUUCUAUGUACAAGCAUUGUCUUUAUUAAAGAACCCUUUUAGAGGGAGUACAUACAGAUUCUAUGCAAAUGUAAGGAUUUUUGAUAGAACCUUUGCGUUAUUUAGGACUUUUAAAACGUUCUUCACACUCACACGUUUCCUUUACGAUCAUUGACUGUAUUUUGAAGGGUUCCUUGAGAGGCUCUUGUGGUUCUGACGUGGCAUCAGGCACAGAACCCUUUUAUUUUGGGAGUGUAGGCUGAGGAAUACUGGAGAAUUCCUUUAAAAACUGGCCUGCGUUAUUUUAGACUUCAUGAAAACAUGAAAUCAUCAGAAGGUCGUGUGAUUGAUUAAGAUGAUCACAGCACGUGCGGUUAUUGGUUAGAGGGCUCAUUUGCAUAUUGCAGUAUAUUAUACAUUAAGGGUGGGCGAUAUGGCAAAGAUAUAACAUCACGAUACUCUACGACGUUUUUACGAUGGACCACGUGCGCAAAACAGUAGAGCUGCGUUUAAUGAUUCAUUUCAUUCAGUUCCACAUCACACAUCCUCCUCCAGGCCGCUUCUCCCUCUGGGCCACGGGGGGUGCUGGAGCCGAUCCCAGCGCUCAUCGGGCAGAAGGCAGGAUACACCCUGGACAGGUCGCUGGUCCAUCGCAGGGCAGACAGACAGACACAGGUCACUCAC